AUAACGCCAGCACGGGAGAUCCCCGACUAUAGAACUUACUCCGGAACGUGAGUUUACGGACGGCGGCGCUAAACGGAAAAUAGACAAAAUUGACAAUUGAAUUUCAUUACGAAAAAAGGAAAUAUUUGGAACAAAAAUUUAAGAAACACCAUGAAUAUAAAAGAUGUUCCAACACUCUGCAUCGUAGUAACGUGGACGAUAGCACUUCUUUUACCUGUAUACACAAACGGAUUUCCUUACAAUUAUCCGGAAGACACGCCCGCUGCAGAUACUGACAUCACAUAUCAACCUUCCAAGAGAAAUGGAGACGGGUUAUCGUCCCUUUGUCCCGGAGGUGUUAACAAACUCCGAUGUAUACAUUCCUACCUAAGCCUCUACGCCAGAAUCCAGAACGGACUCACAGAUCCAGUUUCUGUCAGAAACAUCGGCAAACGAAAUAUGCCAUACGACAAAAAGGGAGUACUCAUGUGCCCUGCCGGCAUGGAUAAAUUUCAAUGUUAUGAUAACGCUAUCGAGUACUACAUCCGGGUAAUGAAGACGAUGUCAUCCUAAUAAACAGUGAUGACGUCAAAACGUGACGCAUAUGCAGAAUGUGAUGAUGAGGACUUUGUUGUAUUUUUCGUUCAAAUUUAUUUGGAAGUUGUUUAGGCAGGUGAAAAUGGGUGUAUUAAUAAAGUAUUUUUGAGAUUAA